AUGAUUUUUCUGAAUGGACGCGCUGUGACAAGCCGGUCCCGCUCCCAGAAGAGCAUUGCUUUGAGUUCCUGUGAAAGCGAAUAUCUUGCGGCAGUUGGUGGAGGAGCAGAAGGCAUUCACAUUGGAAGGUUGUGGACAUUCCUUGUGAGAAAAGAGACUGAAGUGGAUGUGGUGACCGAUUCCAGUAGCUGCAGAGCAUUUGCCCAACGCCAAGGAGUUGGACGUCUCAAGCAUAUCGAGACGAAGUAUCUAUGGCUACAGCAAUGUGUCAAAUUGGGCAUGCUCACUAUGACUGGCGUGGCGACGCUUCUGAAUGUGGCUGAUAUCGGUACAAAGAAGCUUUCGAAACUUCGCAGAUCCUUUCUGAUGUUCCUCAUGGGCAUGGUGGUCUAUGACGAAGCGACCAAAUCCUAUGUGCCAGUCGGCGAAGCGGGGUUCAACGAAGAGAUGCGGAAGAAAGCCCUCAGCAAGAACAUGAAGGUUGUUCGCCAGGUGAUGCUCAACACGCUGAGCGAUGGUGCUGAAGGUCUUCAAGCACAGGUUUCAAAGCCGAUGGUUAAGUUGAUGACUUUGCUGGCUAUGCAGCCUAUGGUGGAUGGCUUCAACGCGGAGAUGGUCGAGCUCAAGGUGCUGGAGGUGAAGUAUGUGUACCUCGACUUCUUCAUGGACAACAAGGUCUUUGUGGUCUUCUACACCCUGGUCUUUGUCUUUAUUGGGGUUUGCAUUGGGUACUUCAUCCACAAGGUGGUCUACAUUGAGAAGGUGGUCUACAUGACACAAUGGUCCAUGCGGAUGUUGCGACGUCUACAUCGACGACGCGAACUUGCGUUGGUGGAUGAUUGGGACCCAAUGAACCACGAGCUGAAACAAUUGCGUGUUUUGGCCGAUGCACGAGAUGCCGAUUCUGGAGAAGAAUUCUUCCGUGAAACAGAGACAGGUUUGGCAAAGUAUGUGCGACCGCGCUUUGAAGCAAGGAGACGCCUGAAGGUGGAAGAGUUAGAUCCGCUGGAAGCAAGCAUGCUUGUAGACCCUCAGCUUUACCCAGAGUAUGCGGAUGAGAAUGCGGAGGAAGAAAACAAGACAGAGGAUGAACCAGUGGAUGCUCAGGUUCAAACUGACUUCUCACCGAUGGUUGAACAUCGAGGCCCUGAACCACAUGUUCCGCACGAGACCGUGGAGCUGCCUGGAUCCCCUCCUGGGACACCUGAUGAUCUUCCAGAUCUACCUCGAGUUGGUUUGGAUUGGCAAAAUUUGGAUGUGGCCGAGGAGUACUUCCCACGCCAACAACGUGAACGAACUCAACGCGUGCGUGAGGACAAGAUCCCAGAAGUUGUGAAACACCCGGACAUCGGCAAAUUUGUACAGGCUAUGUCCGUGACAACCUCCAGGACAACGGCCUGUCGAAAACUUUGCAGCAUUGCAGCGUUGGAGAACCAACAACCGUUUAUUGUGGAAGCUGGAGCAGCAAUUCUUGCAUUGCGAAUGUUGGGUUCCGCAAAGGCGGCAUCGUCUGCCGCAGCACAGUUGCUGGAGGCUCUGAUGAAGUAUCCAGAUGUUCGCUCCGCGGAAGCAUUGGUGGAGGCUUAA